UCUGCCACCGUCACUGUCCUUGCCCGUGUUUGCCCUUGCCGAGGCCAUGGAGGUCACGGCAUACACAGGGCCAUGGCUGCCAGAAGGCAGUGCUGGGGGAGCUCUGCUCAUCCAGUGCUGCCUCAUGGGGUGUAGCCCACUCUGAGGGCUGAGCUAGGGGCCCCCUGUGCCAUGUUAGCCAGUCUCCCUGGGGGUGGUGAGCUCUCAGCCCAGGCCAGCCCGGCCCUGCUGAGAUUGGGAGGGCUCUGCUCUGCUGGAUCACAGCAAAGACCAUCUCGCUGGAGCUGGCAGCCUGUCCUACAGGCACUGCACAGUUUCUCUCGUCCCCGCAGUGGGGACUCAUUCCCAGCCCUCUCUAAGCUGCUGCUCCCUGCUGCAGUUUUGGUGCAGAACCUGCACCUCUGCGAGGGCUACGUGGGCCCUGAUGGCCAUUCCCACCCCGGCUUCUACUGCCCGCGGCUGACAGACCCCCCUGGCCACCGCUACUGUUGCCAGCCCAGCGUGGACGCUCUCAAGUCCUGCUGCUCUCAACUGGCCCUGGAAGCCCUCACUGGAGUGAACCUCUCCAGCCUGGCACGCCCUGGUCUACUCCGGAACCCGCUGGCCCUGCCCUUCGUGGGGCUCUAUGGGCUCCUUGUCCUCCUGCUUAUGGCCAUCGACCUCUGCCACUUCUACUGGACCCGACGCUGCCACCUCGGCCGCCUGCUGCCCUGUGCCUGUCGCGUGCCCUGUGCACCCCCGGGGGGCCACCUGGCCGGCACCCGGCCUUGCCACCGCGCCGCCACACUGACACGCCCCAGCCGGGGCUGCUGA